AUGUCAGAACAAAUUUUGUACAAUAACUGGCAAAAAGCUAAAAGAGAUUCAGAAUCUGUAUAUAACAAAUGGCGUAAUAAACAAAAUCAAAUAUCAAAAUAUGGAGGUGCUAUUCCUUAUAAUCUGAUACAACAAAAAAAAGCAUAUAAAAAACAAUAUGAUAAUCUAAAAAAACAAGAAAGAGAUGCAGAAAUUCUUUAUCUUAGAUGCAAAAAUGUUUCUCCU